CGAGGCGCAGGAGAGGAGAAGUGGGAGAGAGAGCAGUAAGUUACGAGUUACGUGGGGAAGGCAGAUAGCCGGCAAAAAGACUUUCACGUCUCGGGAUGUGGGCAACCGCAAGAUGUCAGACAUAAACUUCCUAGACAAAGUUGGGGCUGUUGUCCGGAGUACUGGAGGGUUUGAUCAAAUUCUUGCAGAGCUGGAUAGUGUUGCCAAGGGUGCCUCCUAUGGAACAUCAGGUUUGCAUGAACCAUGGAAGGAACAGUUAAAAAAUGAUGACAGCUUAGUUUUGAUAGCUGCUCUUCACUGCUGUAACAGCCCUUCAAAAGAAGAAGAGUGGAACAUGAGGAACCUGCAUCAACUAGAUUAUGCUCAAGUUCUGGCAUUUUGCAGUGCAACAAAUGAACCCAAUGAAGAAGGGCAUCCAUGCCUGCUAAGCAAUGAAAAACGGGCUAUACUAUUGAAGCUAAUACCACAUCUACAGUACCAUAGUAAAAAGGAAACUGUGUCUACAAACUAUUCAAGUGUAAUCAGUAGCGGUUUUACAUGCCCUCUGGAGCUUAUAUGCAGGCUUCAUGCUGCCGGUCUCUUUCACCUUGAAGAGUACAUUGCUUUGAACAUAAAUAAUUCACAAGCCAUUACUAAGUUCAGCCGCAACUUGCUGCAUGCAUGUCAUCUUUCUCAGGCACAGGAAGAAGCUAACUUUACGUUUACAGUGUGUAUGUGUGUGCUUGUAACAUCACUCUAUGGAAGGGCUGGUUAUAUGAGCUUGACUAGUAAAGUGCAAAGAGUUUGUCACGCUGUUGUGAUGUCUAUGGUCACAAAACUCCUAAAAGAAAAUGAAGAAAACCCCACCAUGUGCUGCACAAGUUUCUUGAGUCCUUUGGUUGCAACACCUAUCCUGGACUUGGCAGUGCUUCAUGCAUUUACUGUUGAGAUGCUCUCCUGUGUACUCACUUACAACCCUGUGAUCAAAGUUGUUCAAGCAAUUGCCAAUCAUCAUCAGUGGACUUACAGCAGAUGUUCCCCAUGGCUCUGUCAAACUUUUGAAAAGGUACUAGAAGUCUUGAAAACUGAAGAAGUAAGAGAUGUUCUUCAAAAGACACUACAAAGGCAGGACGUCAACUGGCACAUUCUUCUAUCAUUUGUAUCACUGUAUGUCACUCGUGAUACCAAGGCAGCUGCCAUCAUGACAGAAUAUAUUGGGAAUUUGCUUCGCUUGGCAUUUGAGUCUUUGUCUGUAGAGAACCUUGUCUGUGCAUUCCUGCUCGCUAGGCAUAUUGCGCAGGAAUCUCCACAAUAUUUUCCUUCAUACGGAUCCUGGUUUGAGAACUAUUUUGGAUUCUCUGGUACAACGUAUGCUUCCAAAACCAAGACAUACGCUUUCCUUAUGAAGUUUCUAACCGACCUUGUGCCAUUUGAGCCAGCUAAGUACCUGAAGGUGCAUUUGCAGAAGCCACCCCAUACGCCAGCAAAAUCACGCGGUCUCUUUGUAGACUAUUCAUCUCUUGCCAAGACUCGCCUGCAAGACCUAAAUGAUCCCACACACCACUGUGCCACGAUGAAUAAGGAUGAACGUUUUGAGAGCAUUAAAGCGGACAUUGUGAAAGUUUUGGAUGCAUACGGAUCAACAGGAAAAGUUCCCAGAACCAUAAUAGAAAUGAGUAUAUUCAAGAAGCCAUAUUAUGUACAGCAGUUUCUUCCCACAUUCCUGGACUGUAAAAAUUUUCCAGACCACAGUACAACAUAUGCUAAGCUAGUAUCAGAACUGCGCAGGCUGGGAAAAAUACCUGGGCAUCUGUUAAAGAAGUUUAAUUUAACCUGAACAACAUGGCAGCAUUGUCUGGUCAAGCUUCAGGGCUACAUCAACAUAUUUUAUGAAUCUCUUCAGUUGCCAACAUGUGAAGCUGUCAAAGCCCACCUGGAACUCAUUCUGAAGCAGUACACUGCCUUUUGUAGCAAAUGCUGUUAUGCUUAUAAAUGUAGAGCAUUGUUGUGUGGACCAAAGCUAUCUGAGUGCUUGGUUAUCCCCAGCUACAUCGUGUGCAGGGUCUCUGUAUGAGAAAUGCAAAAAAUAAGAAAAUGACUUGGAAUAAAACUGGUUUUGUUCGA